AUGGCAAUCGAGACCGUCCAGGUACUCCUACGAAACAAGUACAAUGAAACGGGGAACCGUCUCGGACAUGCCCAAGUCCUUCAGCUCCUAAGGUUCUGUCUCAGGGCGUACUUCACGUCUGACGGAACAGUCUACGAGCAAGUGAAGGGAACACCAAUGGGCUCGCCGAUCUCGGGAUUCAUCGCCAAGGCGGUCCUACAGCGGUUGGAGUCGCUGGUUUUCCAACACCACAGACCGAAAUUCUGGGCUCGGUAUGUGGACGAUACCUUCGUCGUCAUCGGACGGGAUCAGGUGCUAACGUUCAAAGAACGUCUCAACAGCGUCUCCCCGAACAUACAAUUUACGAUGGAGGAGAAAGAAAAUAACCAGCUGACAUUCCUUAAUGUCCUCGUCUUCCGCAAAGAUUGUGGUGGCCUAAAGACCAAAGUGUUCAGAAAAGCGACGAACACGACGCAAAUACUGAACUUCAACAGCAACCACCCAAUCAGCCACAAACGCAGUUGCGUAAGAACGCUAUAUCGGCGUGUUGAGACGCACUGCAGUGAACCGGAAGACACUGUUGCCGAAUCCCAAUAUCUUCAACGGGUUUGCAGAGAAAAUGGUUACUCGAGCAAUUUCGUCAACCGGUGUAUGCGCAAACGAGACGAGCGACAAAACCGUGCCGACCCCACAUUCUGGCGAGCGAUGCCAUACAUUAAGAACGUCUCCGAGGACGUUAGCCGCCUUCUUGCAUCUCUUGGGGUUGGAGUUGCACACCGACCGGAGGCCACCAUGAGGCGUCAGGUGAUGAGACCAAAAGACCCACUACCACGCCAUGAAACAUCUGGAGUCCUUUACCGGAUCUGGGGCAGUUGCGGACAAAGCAACUACGUCGGAGAAACUGGAAGACUGCUCCGAACGCGAAUUGCCGAACACGCCGCAGCGGUAAGGAGUAAUGACACCAAUUCUCAGGUCGCGGCCCAUUCGACGACACCCGGACACCCAUUCAAGUUCGAGGAGGCCGAAAUUCUCGCGAGAGGGGAUAAUCGUGUGAGCCGCGAGUGGCUUGAGUCAUGGUUCAACAAGUGCAACGACAUGCCAACUCCAUACUCCGUGCUGAGGCAUAGGCUGGCCAAGGUGAUUGACCACUCGGGGCGCGCGCAAGCCGGUGAGCCAGAUGGCCGGGCAAUCAUCACGCCAACAUCCAACACGGGUGAUGACAUUUCGGUAAUUAACGACUUGCAUGCCGGCCAGCAAGCAAUUAGCGCACCAGCGGGCAACGAUCCUUCAUGA